UCUCUCUCUCUCUCUCUCUCUCUAAGAAAGGAGCCCUCUCUCUCUCUCUAACUCUAUUGUUCUUUGUCUCUACUAUUCUUGAAAAUGGAGGCCGUUGUGAUUCAUAGCACUCUUUUUGGCUUCCCCCCAAGUCGCCAUGUUUCAUUUGCAAAAGGUCGACCCAACAAUUUUCUCUGUUAUUUAACACGCCCAAUAUCAUCACAUAACAGAUUCUCUUAUAAAGUUGUUAGAAUCCAAGCUGCAACCUCUGCAGCUGUGGAGGAUGGAAGUUCUAGUGAGACAGAUACAACUCCUACUCCGAAAGUUAUAAUAGAUCAAGAUUCAGAUCCUGAUGCCACAGUUGUGGAGAUAACUUUUGGGGAUCGACUUGGCACCCUUCUUGACACAAUGCAGGCCCUGAAAAACUUGGGACUCAAUGUUGUGAAGGCUAAUGUUUUCUUGGAUUCUUCGGGCAAGCACAACACUUUUGCAAUCACUCGAGCUGAUACUGGACGGAAAAUUGACAAUCCUGAGUUGCUAGAAGCAAUACGCCUGACUAUUAUUAACAAUUUACUUGAGUAUCACCCGGAAUCUAGUGCACAAUUGGCACUGGGAGAGACAUUUGGAAUCUCGCCACCAAAGCAGAAGGUUGAUGUGGAUAUUGUGACCCAGAUAAACAUAUUUGAUGAUGGUCCCAACCGAAGCUUGCUUCAUGUAGAAACUGCAGACCGGCCUGGGUUACUGGUAGAAAUUGUCAAAGUUAUCGCAGAGAUUAAUAUUGCAGUUGAAUCAGGGGAAUUUGAUACCGAGGGGCUUCUUGCUAAAGCCAAAUUUCAUGUUAGUUAUCGGGGGAAAGCCAUUUCCAAACCUCUGCAACAGGUUUUGGUUAAUAGUUUGAGGUAUUUCUUGCGGCGGCCUACAACAGAGGAGGCGAGUUUCUAAAUUCUGUGAGCCAUUAUUGACCCUUGGUAUGGGUGAAAUUCUUGUCUGGCCGAGCUUGGUGUUUUAUACAGGAACUUAAUUGAUGAUGCUUAAAUGUUUUCAUACAUUUUCUUCUACUUGAUGUAGCCAAAGAAUGAUGGGCUAAGUUUCCCUAGGUUAUAUAUUCAGAAGAAUCAACAUUGUUAGGUUUAUUUUUAUCAGAAAGUUCAUAUACACUUUAUAUGAUAAAAACUGGGAAAUGUGAUAUGAUUCUAAAUUAUUAAAAUACAUGUAGGUUAACAAAAUGUUACCAUUUGAUUAUGA